AUGGCAGCAUAUCGAAAAGUAAUGAUGAAUAAUGAAAAUUAUGGUUCAUUUUAUUCUCGAUCUUUAUGUGAAAGAGGAAAAAAAACUGCAUUAACUGUUGUGUCACCAUCUGUUCUCCUUAGUGGAUUACUGAAUAGUGUAUUUAAAAAAAAACUAUCAAAAAAUAGUGCCGGUUCCAGAAUUCAAAAAAUCGAAGAAAAACGAAGAACAGAUAUACAUGAAUAUCUUCUUGAUCUACAAGCAAAUUUACCAGAAAUUAAUCAAAAAAUUAAAAAAAGUUUUCAAAAAUGGUUGAAGAAAAAUCAGAAGGUAUUUAUUAGCAAAGUUAACAGUUAUCAUUCAUUUGCAGUUCAAACGCUCGAUCAACCCUACGUAGCCUAUAAACUUGCUCGUGAAUUUGCUCCUCUUUUUGCUCAAAUUGAAUGUUGUCUAGUGUCAAAUCUUGACUUGGCUCAACAUUACGGUCAACCACUUACUAUUGAACGAGAUACUGCGCUCGAUACAUGUGGCUUUUUCACUAUUUAUCCAGCUUCGUGGGAUUCAGAACAAAACUUGGUUGUUAAAGAACUUAAAAAUCCAAGUCAUGAUAGAAAUAUUGCCUACUUAGAAACACAUUUCCAUCGCACAGUUACUCAUCUUCAAAUUCAACAUUUGGUUCCUCUCAUCUAUCUUUACGAGACAGUGAAAGAUCCACAACAAUUCGCAAUUGUUUUGAAACGUUAUUCAAAAAGUCUUUAUUCUUAUCUAAUGGACCAUAUAAAUGAAGUAACAAUUGGCAAAGCUAUUCAAAUUGCACUUGAUAUUGCUCAAGUUAUUGUUCAUAUGCAUGCCUAUGAACUUGUGCAUUGCGAUGUCAAAGUUAAGAAUAUUUUGCUCGAUACAAAUGAUCAGGUUUUUCUGGCCGAUUUCGGUACUUGUCAACACGGAACAGAAAAUUCGACUUUCAUUGGAUCUCGACCAUUCGCUCCUGAAAUCACUCAAAGUGAUCGUCAAUAUUCGUAUCAAGGAGCCGCUGUUGAUGUUUCCUGUCUUGGUGUUCUUAUGUAUGUUGUUGCUCCCAAAGAUGUUUUUCAUGAACCUCAGACUCUGACCGAAAUCGAUAUCAAUACACUUGAUUGA